AUGUUGGCUACUAAUGAUGUCAUUAAAUCUCAGUAUGAUACAUUACUAGAUAAACAAUCAAUUAAUUCAUGGCUUCCAUUGCCACAUCCAUGUGUAUUUACAUCGAAUUGGUCAUCUCUUCAUUUUGAUUUAAUUAAAAAUUAUCCAUUAUCUUGUUUACAUUCAAAACAUACAUCUGAAUCAAAUUCCACACUAACACUAAAAGAAUCCUGUUUAAAUGUUCAUAAACUAGGAUCCAUGUCAAAUGAAUCAACCUUAAACAAUGAUCAUUAUAUGGAAGUGAAUGAAGAUUGUGAAACAGAUUCAAAUAUGAUUCAGAAUGAAAACAAUACAAAUGAACGCCUUAAUAAAGAAUAUGAAACUCUGCCAGAAGUAAAGAAACCAAUAUUAUCAACUCAUAAAGGUAUAACUAAUAAUUAUAUAACAAUCAAAAAAUUUACAAUCCGUGAAACAACAAAUUUAUUAAAAACAUGGUUAAAUAAUCAUCGUCAUAAUCCAUAUCCAACAAAAAAUGAAAAAAUUAAAUUAUCUAUUAUAACUAAUUUAAGUUUAACACAAAUUUCAACAUGGUUUGCUAAUGCUAGAAGAAGAUUAAAAAAAGAUAAUCAAAUGACAUGGAUACCGAAAAUACGUCAUCAUAGGAUAGUAACUAAUUCAAUCAAUUUAAAUAAUAAUAAUAAUAAUAAGAUACAAAUUUGUCAAAAACAGGGUGGUGGUGAUAAUAAUAAUAAUAAUGAGGUUAAUAUAGAUCAAUUAUCACAAACGAAAGCUCAAUUAAAAUCAACAAUAAUAAGAGAUUGUUUAAUUAAUCCAUUCAAUACUAAUCAUCAUCAUCAUCUUCAUCAUCACAACUAUCACCACCACCACCAUCAUCAUCAUCAUGAUUCUCCUCAUUUGACAUCAUUCAAAAAUCAAUUAAUUUUGAAAUAUUUUCUAAAUAAAACCACCCAGCAACAAGAAGAAGAAGGAGAAGAAGAGCAACAAGAACAAGAACAAGAACCACCAUCACCACAACAAGAAUGUCUACAAUUCAUAGAGAAAUUAAAUAAUAAUAAUAAUAAUAAUAAUAAUAAUAAUAAUAAUAAUAAUGAUCAGAUCAAUUUAUCUAAUGAGAAUUCUAUAAUCAAUAAUGAUCAUAGUAACAAUGAUUCUCAUUUAUGGUAUAAUGAUUAUCAUACUAAAUUAAUCCAUAUAAUCAAUCAAUUAAAUUGUGAAAAUAUAGAUCAAUAUCCAUUAUUAUAUGGAUCAUUAUCGAAAUUAACUACAAAUAAUAAUUCUACUAUUAAUAAUAAUAAUAAUAAUAGUAUCAUAAAACAUGAUCAAACAUCACAAUUAUGUAGUCCUUCAUCAAAAAUAUGGUCAGUUGCUGAUGUCAUCGAUGUAUAA